GCAUAGCUUUGCAACUGGCCAGUUUAUACUGCUCUAUUCCAUCAUCGUAUUAAUUUAUAAAUUCUUCGACUGCCAUGACAUUUGCACAAAACCUGAAUUGAAGCAAUAUGAAAAAGUAAUUUUUGAAAGUGAUGCAUAUAGUUAUUCUCAUCACUAUUAUUAUUCCCGGAUGAUCCGCUCUGAUCAGUCCCCUCCAAUUGUUAGCGGCACGUUUGAAAGACUGGUUGAUACUAAAGAUAUCGAUGCGAAGUUCCCGUUUACGUUUUACGGUUCUCAAGUCGCCAAAUUCAGAAUAUUAACUACUGGUAGAAUUGAAAUGUACGAUAAAGCGUACUCAGGAGUAGUUAGAAAUUAUGUGAGAAGCGGUUAUUAUGUGAAAACUGAUAUUUCGGAUAGGCGGGAAUUAUUAGCCGUCAGAAUGUCUUAUUAUCCAGAUGCUGGUGGUGAAAAUUCCUAG